GUCUCCGGGCGGAGGUCAGGUCUCCGGGCGGAGGUCAGGUCUCCGGGCGGAGGUCAGGUCUCCGGGCGGAGGUCAGGUCUCCGGGCGGAGGUCAGGUCUCCGGGCGGAGGUCAGGUCUCAGGGUGGAGGUCAGGUCUCCGGGUGGAGGUCAGGUCUCCGGGUGGAGGUCAGGCCUCCGGGCGGAGGUCAGGUCUCCGGGCGGAGGUCAGGUCUCCGGGCGGAGGUCAGGUCUCCGGGCGGAGGUCAGGUCUCCGGGCGGAGGUCAGGUCUCCGGCCAGAGGCCAGGUCUCCGGGCGGAGGCCAGGUCUCCGGGCGGAGGCCAGGUCUCCGGGCGGGGGUCAGGUCUCCGGGCGAGGGUCAGGUCUCCGGGCGGAGGUCAGGGGUCCGGGCGGAGGUCAGGCCUCCGGGCGGAGGUCAGGUCUCCGGGCGGAGGUCAGGUCUCCGGGCGGAGGUCAGACACAUCCGCAGAGAGCGUGGUGGGCGUGGAGGCUGGCGGAGAGGGGUCUGUGGGCGGGGAGGCGGCGUCGCGGGCGUGCGGGUGGGGGUGGGUGGGCCAAGAUGGCCGUUGCUUCCUCCUGGUGGAGGAGAAGGCCAGGUGGGCGGCGGCGGAGGCUGCGUGUGUGGGCCGAGGAGGGCACCUGGCCGCUGUCACCUCUCCCCAGGUGGCAGCCCUGCUCUCCCACGUCACAGCUAACAGAGUUUCUAAAGAAGGGCCUCGAACACCCGACCUCUCGCUUGGGGAGACGAGCGCUCUACCAACUGAGCCACAGCAAGCCACCAUAGAGAAGGCUUCCAGAGCCACCAUAGAGAAGGCUUCCAGAGCCACCAUAGAGAAGGCUUCCAGAGCCACCAUAGAGAAGGCUCCCAGACCCACCAUAGAGAAGGCUCCCAGAGCCACCAUAGAGAAGGCUCCCAGACCCACCAUAGAGAAGGCUCCCAGACCCACCAUAGAGAAGGCUUCCAGAGCCACCAUAGAGAAGGCUUCCAGAGCCACCAUAGAGAAGGCUUCCAGAGCCACCAUAGAGAAGGCUUCCAGAGCCACCAUAGAGAAGGCUUCCAGAGCCACCAUAGAGAAGGCUUCCAGAGCCACCAUAGAGAAGGCUUCCAGACCCACCAUAGAGAAGGCUUCCAGAGCCACCAUAGAGAAGGCUCCCAGAGCCACCAUAGAGAAGGCUUCCAGACCCACCAUAGAGAAGGCUUCCAGACCCACCAUAGAGAAGGCUUCCAGAGCCACCAUAGAGAAGGCUUCCAGACCCACCAUAGAGAAGGCUUCCAAAGCCACCAUAGAGAAGGCUUCCAGAGCCACCAUAGAGAAGGCUUCCAGACCCACCAUAGAGAAGGCUUCCAGAGCCACCAUAGAGAAGGCUUCCAGAGCCACCAUAGAGAAGGCUUCCAGAGCCACCAUAGAGAAGGCUUCCAGAGCCACCAUAGAGAAGGCUUCCAGAGCCACCAUAGAGAAGGCUUCCAGAGCCACCAUAGAGAAGGCUUCCAGAGCCACCAAACUGGAGUGUCAUGUCUUCCUCGAGCUGUCACUUGAGCACAGAAGAAUAAAAUGA